CGGUUGCGGUAUUGUAUCCCUCAUUGUUAAAUCCUGAAGUUGUAAAGUUCUUGUGCUUUCAGUUCCCAAAUUUCCUUUCGUCUUUACUCUAUAACGAACUCGAACAUCUAAACUGUUUGAUAAUAUGAGCGUUGUUCCGAAGGAGACGAUUGAAGUCGUUGCGCAGAGCAUUGGGAUUUCCAACCUAUCCCCUGAGGUUGCUCUUGCGCUCACUCCAGAUGUCGAGUACCGGGUCCGUGAAAUCAUGCAGGAGGCAGUUAAAUGCAUGCGUCAUUCGAAGCGAACUGUUCUCACUUCCAUGGAUGUUGACAACGCACUUAAAUUAAGGAACUUAGAGCCAAUAUAUGGUUUUGCUGCAUGCGAUACUUUACGGUUCAAAAGGGCUGUUGGACACAAGGAUCUCUUUUACAUUGAUGACAAGGAUGUGGAGUUAAAUAAUGUUAUUGAGGCACCUUUAUCUAAAGCAACUGUUGAGACAUCCGUUGUUGCUCACUGGCUGGCAGUUGAAGGUGUUCAGCCUGCAGUCGCAGAAAACUUGCCAACUGAAGAACCCCAUGAUGGAAAGAAAUCUGACUUGAAGGAGGAAGACCUUCCUUACGACUCUAAAGCACCUACUAAGAAUGUGAUUUCGAGGGAUCUCCAGCUUUACUUUGAGAAAAUUACAGGCCUGACCUUGAACAAGUCUGGGUCUAUUCCCUUUAGAGAAGCUUUAAGGAGCCUAGCAGUGGACUCAGGAAUUCAACCUUUGGUUCCAUACUUUGCAUGCUUCAUCGCGGACGAGGUUUCAAAAAAUUUAAGUAAUUCUCAACUCUUGAUUUCUUUGAUGAGGAUGAUAUGGUGCCUUCUUCAAAAUCGGCAGAUAUAUGUGGCACCUUAUUUACACCAAUUGAUGCCAUCCAUCAUUACCUGCCUUGUUGCAAAACAAUUAGGUAAAAGAUUUUCUGACAAUCAUUGGGAGCUUAGAGACUUAGCAGCAAGCCUGGUUUCUUUGAUAUGCAAAAGAUUUGGACAUGUUUAUCACAAUAUUCAACCUCGUGUAACCAAGACUCUUCUCCAUGUUUUCUUGGACCCCUCAAAAUUAUUACCCCAGCAUUAUGGUGCAGUUCAAGGGCUAGCAGAUCUUGGACCCUCUGUGGUGCGCCAAUUUAUACUACCAAAUCUUGAACCAUAUCUGCAAUAUCUAGAGAUGGAGAAGCAAAAGAAUGAAACUAGGAGGCAUGAAGCUUGGCUAGUUUAUAGUGCCUUACUGCAUGCAGCUGGUAAAUGCAUCCGUGGUUGGUUGAAAGUGUUUCCUCUUUCUAUAUCUCCACCAAUACCUAGUACUUCGAAAAUUAAUGGGAAGAUCAAUGGGAAAGUCAUGAUGAAAAUCUCAAAUAAACGCAGAUCUAGUGUAGACAACUUGGGGCAUCAACCAGCACUCAAAAAGAUGGCAACAGAUAGCACAUUGGGUGCAAUUCCUAUGAACUCCAUGAUGGUCGAUAUGCAAGGGGCUACAAGCUCCACACCACUUGGAGGUCCCAAUGUCGGUGUAGCUCGAAAAUUUCCAAAUGAAAUGAAGCCAGGGAGGGAAGGAGUUGGAGGUGAACAAGAUGUUAAGGGUUCUUCUACUCUUGCUGUAGCAUGGAAGGAGGAUUUGGAUGUUGGGCUGUUGCUGAUUUCUCUUUUUCAACUCUUUGGUGAAGAUCUGUUUUCAUUCAUCCCAAAACCCGAGCUAUCCUUCUUUCUGUGAAUCUAAAUUUAAUGUUAUUUUAAAUGUUCACAUCAAGCGCCUAGAUUGUGCAGCUACAUGAGUGAUCAUGUUGUAAUUAUCACUGUCAGACCAUUGAAACGAAUCAUUUUGAAGAAUAGUUGGAUUCCUUAAAAAAUAUUGUGACUGUGUGUUCGUUUGAAUUUAC